CGGGCGGGCGAUGGCGGCCGAGGGGGAGCCGGCGGACGAGUGGCGGGCGGCGCUGCCGCACCAUGCCGUGCUGUGCCGGCUGCGGGAGCAGAGCGCGGAGAGAUCCAGCCCCCCCGGGCCGACCCGCAGCCUCAUCUUCGGGCUGGACGCGGACCUGUUCCUGUGGGACGCGGAGCGCGGCGCCUUCUACACCCUCAGCCUGCGGGGCCUGAGCGGCGCGGAGCCCGAGGGGCUGGGCCGGUACCAGACCCUGGUUUGCAUAAAUCCACCCCUUUUUGAGGUCUAUGAAACCCUGUUAAGUCCCACACAGCAUCAUGUGGCGCUCAUAGGCAUUAAAGGGCUGAUGGUACUGGAAUUGCCUAAACGCUGGGGAAAGAACUCAGAAUUUGAAGGUGGAAAACCAACAGUUAAUUGUAGCACCGUUCCUGUUGCUGAAAGGUUCUUCACUAGUUCGACAUCCCUGACCCUAAAACAUGUGGCCUGGUAUCCCAGUGAGACAUUAGAACCUCAUGUAGUUCUGUUGACUUCAGAUAACACUAUAAGGAUUUACAGUCUGAAGGUGCCGCAGACACCUGUGAAGGUGAUUGCUCUUUCAGAUGCUGAGGAGGAGAGUUUAAUGCUCAAUAAAGGGAGAGCGUACACAGCAUCACUAGGAGAGACUGCAGUGGCAUUUGAUUUUGGGCCUCUGGUAUCUGUUCCGAAGAACAUAGCUGGGCAGCGAGGGAGAGAGGAAGUAUUGGCAUAUCCACUAUAUAUAUUAUAUGAAAAUGGGGAGACCUUUCUCACAUAUAUUAGCCUCUUACAAAGCACUGGAAAACUUGGCAAGCUGUUGGGCCCAUUGCCCAUGCACCCCACAGCCGAAGAUAACUAUGGCUAUGAUGCUUGUGCUGUUCUGUGCCUGCCCUGUGUUCCCAACAUCUUGGUGAUUGCCACCGAGUCAGGAAUGCUUUAUCACUGUGUGGUACUGGAGGGAGAAGAGGAUGAUGAGCAAACGUCAGAAAAGUCUUGGGACCCAAGAUCUGACCUCUUCCCUUCUCUCUAUGUGUUUGAAUGUGUUGAAUUGGAACUUGCACUGAAACUGGCAUCAGGAGAAGAGGAAGAGCCGUUGGAAUCUGAUUUCUCUUGCCCAAUUAAACUGCACAGAGAUCCUAAAUGUCCCUCUAGAUAUCACUGUAUACAUGAAGCUGGUGUGCACAGUGUUGGACUAACAUGGAUCCACAAACUUCACAAAUUCCUUGGGUCAGAUGAAGAAGAUAAGGACAGUUUACAAGAACUUGGAGCAGAACAGAAGUGCUUUGUGGAACACAUUCUUUGUACAAAGCCAUUGCCAUGCAGGCAGCCCGCUCCAAUUAGAGGAUUUUGGAUAGUCUCUGACAUCUUAGGGCCCACAAUGAUCUGCAUCACCAGCACCUAUGAAUGUAUCACGAGGCCUCUUCUAACGACAGUCCAUCCAGCAUCCCCUCCGCUCCUGUGUACGAGAGAGGACACUGAAAUUACGGUCUCACCUCUUCGUAUCCUAGCUAAAUCACAGCAUUCAUUUGAGAAGCACAUCCGAAGCAUCCUGCAGCGCAGCUCUGCUAACCCAUUGCUUUUGAAGUCUGCUGACAAAGAUGCAUCUCCUCCCCCAGAGGAAUGUCUUCAGCUCCUAAGCAGAGCCACACAAGUGUUCAGGGAAGAAUAUAUUCUGAAACAGGAUCUGGCAAAAGAGGAGAUCCAGCAAAGAGUGAAAUUGCUGAGGGCACAGAAAAAUAAACAACUGGAAGAUCUUAAGUACUGUCAAGUGGAAAGGAACAGUCUGCGGGAAAUGGCUGAGCGCUUGGCUGAGAAGUAUGAGGAAGCUAAAGAAAAACAAGAAGAUAUUAUGAAUAGGAUGAAGAAAGUGCUUCGCAGUUUUCACUCUCAGCUUCCAGUUCUGUCAGAUAGCGAGAGAGACAUGAAGAAAGAAUUACAGACAGUACAUGAUCAACUGCAGCACUUAGGAAAUGCUAUCAAACAGGUGAAAAUGAAAAAGGAUUAUCAGCAGAGAAAGAUGGAAAAGGGGAUCAGUCCACGAAAACCUACCAUAACCCUCAGUGCCUACCAGAGCAAGUGCAUCCAGACAGUUCUGAAAGAAGAGGGAGAACACAUAAGGGAAAUGGUGACACAGAUCAAUGACAUCAGAAGCCAUGUGAACUUCUAACAUGCCAAUGACUAAGUCCCCACAAUAGCAAGGCUGAAAUGCUUUUGACAUUGCAGCAAAGAAUAUUAAGGGGGAGAACAGACAACCCACAUCUAUUUAUCAGUAACAACUGUUUGUGCUACACAAUAUGCUUUUUAUUUCAUAUUUUGUAAAGACUCCGUAUUGAAUAAAACACUUUUGAUAAGAAAAGAUCCCUUUACAAGCUCAGUUUGU